CGACGGGCGCUGGUCUUCGUCCCUCUUGUCUCCCUCUGCUCACUGCCCACUGCCCACUGCCCACUAUUCACUGCUCACUGUUCAUCCCUUCCCAGUCCAGCUGCAACUCACUGCCAACUUCUCAUCCCUUUCUACUCUUUCCCUUCUCACUACUACUCCUCCUGCUCCCAGACGCCUCGAUCACCCUCGUUGUCCCCCAAAGAACCUCAUCGACACGACCUCAACACCAUCCGCCUCAGAACGAUCGUUAUCCGCAGGCGGUCACAUUGAACCCGCUAAUCCAGGCAACAUCCUUGGCCGCGCAGACCGAUACACACCAACCCACCCCCAACCAUCAACAACAUCUCCAGGAUGAACCAUCUCAACACAAACUUUGAUCCCGAUUCUUUUCUUAACCUAGACAACGACUUCACCCCGUCAUCGACUCCCAACGCGAGGUCAGUGCCUAUGCUGACUCCUCAAUCGUCUACCCUCCCCAAUUCCGCAACCACAUUUGCCUCGUCCGCCUCGUCUCAAUCCUUCCCUGCGCCGAGCUUCCAGUAUGAUGCGUAUCAUCAACAGACAGGCAUUCCUAUCGGAGCAUUAGCGAGCACAUUCAACAUCAACAGAGCAAGCGGACUUCACUACAACGAAUCGACCGGAGGGUUUGUCAUGCCCACCGAGACAUUGAAUAUGCCAUGGAGUAAUUUGGACGAGUUUGAUUUCAAGCAAAACCCUGCAGACAUGGACUUUGAGACGGAUUCCCCGAACGAUCUCCCAGCCAUGUUCUUCCCGGACCAAUCCUCUGGCCAGAACCAGUUUGUCAGUCCCAAUACAUUGGUCGGCGCUGGCAACAAUGGCUCCGCACCGGUUCAACGAAUCUAUCCGGGCAUGCACAGUCAACAAGCCGCUCAAGCAAAAGCGCAGCAGGCUCAAAAACAGGAGCAAAUGGCCCGUCAACAGCAGCAGCGACCUACAGGACAGAAGCCCCUUCCAAUUCCCUCGCCCACCAAGACUCCACUUACCAAGGAUCCUCUUGUUGAAGAGAGCAUUUCUAAAGUCCUCAACCGCAUGAGACAGGCCAGUGUUGUAUCUCACUCAGAAGAAGAUGCUUCUGUCAGCGGCAUCUCAGGAAUGCCUAAGAUGAAGAAGGAUGAAGACGAAAUGGAUGAUGAUGAAAGGCUUUUGGCCAGCGAAGAGGGCAAGAAAUUGUCCAGCAAAGAAAGACGACAGCUCAGAAACAAAGUAUCAGCUCGUGCAUUCCGCUCUCGCAGAAAAGAAUACAUUGGCCAACUGGAAGGCGAAGUCGCUGCCAAGGCACAGGAAGCAAAUGAAUUACGGACACAAAACCAGCAACUACGGGAAGAGAAUACCCGUCUCACCGAUCUCACCCGCAUGUUGCUCUCCUCGCAGGCCUUCUCUGGUUUCUUACAAGAGUUGAGCCAAUCCGGCCUCCCGGCGCCAAACACUCAACUCGACGCUCAAAAACAAAAGGCUGGUCAAAACCAAAGUCAGUCUCAGCCUCAGUCCGCCCAGAAGGACGUUGCCUCCCAUAACAGUGCCCAACAGAUGCACGUUCAACAACCCCAAAUAGGAAUGGCUUUGAUACCGGAAACACCAAUGGAUUUUGCGGCGUUUCAGCCUUCUAACGCCUGGAUGACUGCCCUACCAACGAACGACUUCCAAGUAUUUGCGGUGACAGAACUACCUCAAGCUCCUGUGCUUGAUGUUGAAGCUCUGUCCCCAAAGUCAUCAUCAUUCUCGAGUGUAUUGAAGUCUGCUAAAUCGACUCCAGCCAUUCCAGAGACUCCUAGAACCUUUGAACACGAGGCAGAGCAAUCGAAGCCCACUCAGGUCGAUGACUCUGUCGUACUAGACCGCGAGGCUUUUGCAUUGUACUUUGAUUCCUCUGUACCUGCCUGUUGCGAGUCUUCUGCUGAUGUUGACUUGACCCCGGUUCCCACGGAUGAAGACAUAACAGAAGAGGAGAAGUUGGACAGUCUGAAAAGAAUGUGUUCGAUCCUGGAUGCAGCUUGCAGUAGACUUGCAGACUUUACUCCGAGCACGUAAAGUGAAUUAUUUUAUUAUUGACAAUGGUGCCAGGGAUGAAUGAUGGAUGAGAUGAGAUGUCCAUCCUUCUAGCCUUUGAAUGCUUGGGUAGUAUAUAGUUUAUGAACCUGGUCUGUUUCUCUCCUUUCCACUUUCUGCUCACGUAGGC